AUGCUAUCGAUAUUUAUACUAUUUUGCGGCCUGCCCGGCUUGGCCAGCGGAUUGUAUAGACAGGCAAACAACUAUCGGUACUACGAUGACCUGACAGGACUAUGGACCUUUAUGAAAGAGCCCCAUAAUGCCGGGGAUCGAGGGAUUGAGCAAGAAUGGUUCAAGAAGGACCUGUCCAAAAUGGAGAAUUCCACCGUAAUGCCCGUUCCCGUCGCCUACAACGACAUGAGCGCCGAGGCGUCGCUGCGGGACCACGUCGGCUGGGUGUGGUACCAGAAGAACGAGUUUAUUCCGGAUCGUGACAAGGAUUUGCGCAUAUUCCUGACCUUCGAAUCGGCGCAGUACUACGCUGUAGUGUACUUCAACAGCAAACUGAUCGGCGAGCACGAGGGUGGGCAUCUACCAUUUUCGUUUGAAGUUACUGACCAUGUAAAGUUCGGCGCCGACAACAAAAUUACGGUAGCCGUCAACAAUACAUUGUCGUACUCCACGAUUCCGGAAGCCGAAUUCCAAUACAAAGCAAGGAAGGAGAUGGCUUUUGGGGGGAAUCAGUCAAUGACCCAGUACGCGCCCGGGUUCUUCGAGAUGACGGUGCAGUUCGACUUUUUCAACUACGCUGGACUGCUCAGGACGGUGUAUCUGGAGAAGAAGCCCAAGAUUCAUAUCGAUGACAUUCGGGUGGUGUCGGAUCAUGUUGGAGCCAUUUUCUGGAAAAUCGUGCUCGACGGCUCCGCCGGACUGACCGGAAGUGGUCAGGUAAAGAGUCCGAAGCUGUGGUGGCCGAGAGGAAUGGGAGAUCCGAAUUUGUAUAUAUUCCGAGUGGAAAUCUCGUCUCCAGAUGGACAAAUUGUUGAUCAAUACGACGAGGAAUUCGGGUUCCGCUCCGUUACUUACGACAAUCAUCAGAUGUACAUCAACAACAAGCCGUUCUACUGCAUUGGAUUUGGGAUGCACGAAGAUUCGGAGAUUCACGGUCGCGGCUACGACGAGGCGGUGAUGACAAAGGAUUUGAAUCUUUUUGAAUGGGUUGGAGCCAACUGCUACCGUACCUCGCACUACCCAUAUGCACAGGAAAGGAUCCGAGAGUCGGAUCGUCGCGGAAUUGCUGUGAUUUUGGAGACGCCGGCUGUCGGGUUGAAGGUCUUCACUGACCACAAUCUAAAACUGCACAAGCAGAUCGUGACCGAGAUGAUCAUGAGGGACAAGAAUCAUCCAUCUGUGAUCAUGUGGAGUUUAUCCAACGAGCCCCACACCGAGCGGAAGGAGUCGAGGAAUUACUUCAAAACACUUGUCGAUCUGGCCCACGACUUGGACCAAAGCCGCCCUGUCACGAUUGUUUACGGACCUUCACACUGGGAAGAUGAUCAAACGGCCGAUCUUAUCGACGUGGUGUGCCUGAAUCGCUACUGGGGCUGGUAUGACGAUAUGGGGUAUCUGGAGACGGUUAAUCAAUCCGUCGUUUUCGACUACACGAUGUGGUACGAGAAGUUCAAGAAGGCCAUGAUUAUGACGGAAUAUGGAGCUGAUAGUAUCGUGGGGCUGAAUCAGCAACCAGCCGUCGACUUCUCCGAACAAUACCAAAAUGAGCUGAUCCGCGAGACGCACAAGGCGCUUGAUCAUCUACGGAAAGCCAAGAUUCUCACGGGAGAGAUGAUUUGGAACUUUGCCGAUUUUAUGACGGCACCAGCCGCGCUACGCGCUGUCGGGAACCACAAAGGAAUCUUUACGCGAACUCGCCAAGCCAAGCAAGCGGCUUAUACUUUGAGGGAUCGCUACCUGAAGCUCCUGCCACAACUC